AUGAGACCACCGUCGCCUUCGAAAUGCACUGCUCUCUUCGCAUGCUUUCUACUCACCGGUACAUUGUUGCACAGGCUUGGACGAGCCAUUCACUACAAUGUCUUCCCACAUCCACGCCCAACUCUGGGCCCCAACGCCGCGCUGGAGGUGGACAACAAUCGGACAACCACGACGUCGAUCGAUCUGGUCCUAGCCACGACAGCCCGUGACGAUACCUCAUGGACUUCCAACCUUCACAUCCCCAACCUCAAUGUCGUAAGAUACAUCGCCAAUGAUGCAUCUGCACGCCAUAGGCCUCCUCGACCGAAAGGAAACGAAGCGCUGAUGUACCUCACCUACCUUUACGACUUUUACCACCACCUGCCGGACAUUGUCAUCUUCACCCACGCGGAAGAACUGCCCUGGCACGUCGAAGGAACUCUCCUGCGAAACGUGUCCUUUGCGCUUUCCCAGCUGGACCUCCAGCAGUAUUUCAACCUCCGCGUCACCUGGAGAGCCGGCUGUCCCACCUGGAUCGACACGACCAAAGGCCCUAACGACUGGGACAAGGAAGAAGAGCCGUUCAUGCGAGAGGCCUGGACGGCCAACUUCGGCGGCGAAGAGGCUCCGGACCUGUUGGGAGGACCCUGCUGCUCGCAAUUCGCCAUCACGCGCGCCGCGGUCCAGAGGCAGAGCAGGGAGCAGUACAAGCAGAACAUGGAGUGGAUUCUGCGAUCCCAAUGGCCUGAUCGCGUCAUCGGCAGAGUGUGGGAGCACAUGUGGCCACGGCUGUUCACCGGCGAGCCGUCGGAUUGCGGGUACAAGGAGAAAGAGAGCUUGUGUCAGAUGUACAAGAUCUGUUUCGCGGGCGACCGGGAGCUGCGAGAGUACAAGGAGCUGUGGGAGGAGAGGGAGCGACUGAAGGAACAGAUGUCGUUCUUCCGCGCUAUUUGGGCGCCCGGGAGGGCGAAGGAGGCGAGAGGGAGGAUGUUGGUGGUGAAGACCGAAAUUGAGGAGGGGUUGAAGAUUGCAUUAUCGAAUGGCAUGGCGGCGUAG